CCCCGCCCAGCGCGAGCGGCGCGCGGCCGCCGGAGCCGUCGGAGACUUGGUGGGCCGCUGGGCAGGAGGAGGCUCCGGGUGCGCGAGCUCCGACCAUCAUCUCCGCUGCGCCGCAGGGACCUGUGGCUUUUUCCACACAUUCUGGGCGCGUCUUACCUCAUCACUCUGUGGCUCACCGAAAGGGGAGUUAAAAGCCAGCCUGUGGAGCUUUGGACGUCCAAGGGGAGGCCUGGCACCUCGGGAGACUUACUGAGAAGUGUCACGUGCCGCCCGCAAUACAGUACUCGGUGCCGGAGAGAACACACUACCUCCCCUGAAAACCUGGGUUCUGCCUUUCCUUUGUUGUGCGUUGGUCGCUUUCUUCCUUUGUGGAUUCACAGAUGGAUUCAGUGGAAAAGACACCAAAUAGAAGUGAACAAAAAUCAAGUAGAAAGUUUUUAAAAAGCCUCAUCCGGAAGCAGCCGCAGGAGCUGCUGCUGGUCAUUGGAACUGGCGUCAGUGCGGCGGUGGCCCCGGGCAUCCCUGCCCUCUGCUCGUGGAGGAGCUGCAUCGAGGCUGUGCUGGAGGCCGCCGAGCAGCUGGAGGUGCUCCACCCUGGGGACGUGGCCGAGUUCCGCAGGAAAGUGACGAAGGACCGGGACCUGUUGGUCGUGGCCCACGACCUGAUCCGGAAGAUGUCUCCUCGGACAGGCGACACCAAGCCCAACUUCUUCCAGGACUGCCUGAUGGAGAUUUUCGACAACCUGGAGCUGCACAUCCAGAACCCGCUGGUGCUGCAGUCCAUCCUGAGCCUGAUGGAAAGGGGCACGAUGGUCCUGACCACCAACUACGACAACCUGCUGGAGCUCUUUGGGCAGCAACAGAACAAGCCCAUGGAGUCCCUGGAUUUGAAGGACAAGACUAAGGUCCUUCAGUGGGCACGAGGCCACAUGAGAUACGGCGUCCUUCAUAUUCACGGCUUGUACACAGACCCCUGUGGGCUGGUGUUGGACCCAUCGGGAUAUAAAGAUGUCACUCAGGACGCAGAAGUAAUGGAAGCUCUCCAGAACCUGUACCGCACCAAGUCCUUUCUGUUCGUGGGCUGUGGAGAGACGCUCCGUGAUCAGAUCUUCCAGGCCCUGUUCCUCUACUCGGUGCCCAACAAGGUGGACUUGGAGCAUUACAUGGUUGUGCUCAAGGAGAGCGAGGACCAUUUCUUCAAGCAGCAGGCGGACAUGCUGCUGCACGGCAUCAAGGUCGUGUCCUACGGGGACUGUUUCGACGACUUUCCGGGAUACGUGCAAGACCUUGCCAGUCAGAUCUGCAAACAGCGGAGCCCAGUACCCGGAGGACCAGGACCCCAUGUAAACCCGCGUGAGCUCGGGCUCCUGGAGCGUGCCGCUGAGCGCCUUCCCAGCCCCGCCGAGGCCCCUUUUCCAGACCUUGGCAGCUGCCGGGGGCCUGAGAGAUCUUUGGGACUUGUCAUCAACGCGGAUCAAGUGGACAGCACCACGUUGUUGGGUAAUGCCUGUCAGGACUGUGCAAAGAGGAAGCUAGAAGAGAAUGGAAUUGAAGUUGCGAAGAAGCUCAGACAAUCAGAGGAUGCUGGAGGGUCUUGAAAUCUUUAAAACCAGCCUUCUGUAACCAGUGCCGCGCCCCAACGAUGAGGAGUGUUCAGAGAACCCACUCGGACCUCUCACCUGUAAACCGCCGUGUACCCCAAGAGCCAUGUGGGGGUGUGGCCCUCAGGCUGGGGGAGAGUCCACUGUGUGACUUUCGCCGCUCGGGAGUGAAGCGCACACACUGCAGCUAGCCUUCGUGAGCACUGGUGACAACUACCUCAGGGACCAUAUUGGUGGCGGGGACGCCCGGUGUCCCGGCUCCCAUGUGACACACCCUCUGCCAGGGUGGUUUUUCCUAAUAAAAGGGGGAGAGUGAAGACUGUCCAAGCAACAGUAGUUGCCAAAGAGAAAAUAAGAAAUUAGACUCCUAAAUUUGUAAUUUUUACGUGGAAGUACGUUACCAUAGAAAACCUGUUCAAGUAUGUUUGUUACGUUGGUAAAUAGUAAAGGAGGCGUGGAACGCGAGGCGCUGACUGCUCGUGAGCGGUCCGUGUGUCAGAAGAGUGGCCGGAUCGCAGGGCGCCUAUGGAAUCACACUUGGUAUCUGCAGCUCCAGAGAACGGCAGGUCUAGCAGGGGAAGUCACGAGGAACCAGGGGCCUUUUCAGAACUGCCGUUCCGGGUGUGCAAGUCCGUCUCGGGGCUGGUGGCUGACAAAUGACCGGUGGGCACAGACCAGUUUCUAAGCUUUAGUGAGGAGUGGAAGUUCCAACCUUCGCGAGUCUGUUUGAGGUGCAGGUCCACCCUCGGCCCUCCUCUCCUAACCCUCUCCCUGGCCUGUGACGGGACCUGCAGUGAGGCAGGUAGACCUCGGGAGGGCGGCGCCCGUCACGCUUUCCGGGGUACGCUCGGCCGUGCGGGGCUUGCUGUGACAUGGCAGAGGCCCUGCCCCGGUUCCCUUGCGGAGGCUGCCUACUUUCACAUGACCUUCCUUGCCAAGCGCUAGGACACUCCCCACUGAGGGCACUGGAGCUCCCACAAGGACAGAGUUCAGAACAGGGACAGGUUGGGGCGUGUAGGGAGAGGGAUAAGCUGGGGGCCUGCUCAAGACCUUUUUCUUUUUGAAGCAUGGGGAACAAAUCUUCUGGUACUCUGG